UCAAGAAAACCAUGGGCAGUUUUAUUUAGCCAACACAAAACCAAGAAACCUCCCUUAGCUAAAACCAGCUGCUCAAUUUUUGUAUAAACCCCUCGAGCAAAUCCAUUCAUAGUAUAUUCCACCCUCAAAAAAAUCAACUAACCAACCCUCUCUUUCUUUCUUGCACUUUUAGCUAGCUUUUACUUCAAAGUUUUAAACUUUUGUUCAGUGCAAAAAGAAGUCUUGGUACAUUGUGAUGUUUACUUAACCUUCUCUCAUUUUAGCCUUUUAAUUCUUGGGUUUUGAGGUACUUUUGUUCUCUGUAAUAUUUCUUUAUUUUUCCUUCUGGUUUUGGUCCCAUCUAUUUUUCUUGUUUGGCACAUAGGAUUAAAAUGUGUACAUUUGAAUUGUGAAGUGAUAGUUGUUUAUCAUAAGAUUUUGCUUAGUGGGGUUUUCAAGAUUUUGAUUUUUUUAAAAUUAUUUUGAUGGAUUCUAGUAGUAUAUAUUCAAAUAUAGGUCCUGGUAUGUUAGGAUUAGAAAUGUCACUACACCAUCAAGUCCCUCAACAAAAUCCUCACCACAUGCAACAACAACAACAACAACAACAAUCUUUGAGACAAGGUUUGCCAUUUGGUAACAAGGCUAAAAAUCAAAGCUUGACAUUUAGUGACGAGGAUGAUAACAACAGUGUUGAAGAUGGGAAGAGGAGCAAAACUUGUCCUUGGCAAAGAAUGAAGUGGACUGAUAAUAUGGUAAGGUUAUUAAUUAUGGUAGUUUAUUAUAUUGGUGAUGAAGUUGGUUCUGAAUUAAAUAAUAAUAAUAAUGAUACUACUAAUGGUAAGAAAAAAGGUGGUGGUAGUGUAGGGGUUUUGCAAAAAAAGGGAAAGUGGAAAUCAGUUUCAAGAGCAAUGAUGGAGAGGGGAUUUUAUGUAUCACCACAACAAUGUGAAGAUAAAUUCAAUGACUUGAAUAAGAGGUAUAAAAGGGUUAAUGAUAUUCUUGGAAAAGGGACAGCUUGUAGAGUUGUGGAGAACCAAAAUUUGCUUGAAACAAUGGAUCAUUUAACACAAAAAAUGAAAGAAGAAGUUAAGAAAUUGUUGAAUUCUAAGCACUUGUUUUUUAGGGAAAUGUGUGCUUAUCAUAAUAGUUGUGGUCAUAAUAACACUAGUACUGGCGGUGGUAGUGAUAUUGGAAAUGUUCAACUUUCGACGGAAAUGGCUGUUGAGGCUAAUUCUCAAGCUCAGAAGAGGUGCUUACAUUCGUCGGAAAAUGCAAGAAUUGGGGUUCAUUUAGAAGAAGGGCCUAAAAUGGCUAAAGGGAAAAGUGUAGACGAUGAUCAAGAAGACGAUGAGGAGGACGAGGAUGAAGAUGAGGAGGAGGACGACGAUGAUGAGGUGAGUGGUGCGAGAGGAGGACAUGACCACCAUCAUAACCAUAGCCACGAGGACGACGAUGACAUGGACGAAAGAUCAAGAAAGAGUCAACGAAAGUCGGGUUCUUUAUCGCCAAUGGUACAACAAUUGAGUACUGAAUUAGCUAAUGUAAUUCAAGAUGGAGGGAGGAGUUCAGUUGAGAAGAGACAAUGGUUGAAAACUAGAAUGGUACAAUUGAAGGAACAACAUGUUAGCUAUUUAUGUCAAGCGUUUGAGCUGCAAAAGCAAAGGUUGAAAUGGGAAAAAUUUACAAGUAAGAAGGAAAGGGAAAUGGAAAAGGAGAAGCUUAUAAAUGAGAGGAAAAAAAUGGAGAAUGAAAGAAUGGUGCUUCUCCUUAGGCAAAAAGAGCUUGAGCUUCUUGAUUUUCAUCAGCAUCAGAAUCAUAAUAAUAGAAAUAGUGACCCUUCUUCUGUAACAGGAUGAAAAAUUGAAACAAUACUAGUAGCAGCAGACAGAUUAGAUAACAAUGUGUAGAUAAUCAUAUGCUUUUACCUUGUAUUUUUUCCAAAUUUUAGUCUUGAAUCAAGUUUUUGAUGUAAAAUCUAAGUUUGAAGAAAACUUGCAUCUAGCUUCUAUAUAGUCUUAAAUUAUCAA